AUGAUCUGGGGUAAGGGCGAUAAGAAGGACGACGACGGCGUCGCGCAUGUCCGCGACGAGCCUCGCCCCGACUUCAGCAAGCAGCACAUCACCCGCGAGAAGCUCCCUCAACAGCUGCAGCAGCUGGUCGACCGUGACGACGACUACUACGAUGAGCUCUCUGUGGAUACGACGGAGACCCCAUACCGGUAUGCAGGCUAUGCGAACCGUAUCCGGACGCUCCUGCUGUCUGCCCAUCGCUAUGUCGCCUACACCUCGGACAUCGGCGAGUCGUUUCGCCCCGUGGCGCAUCCCUGGCUCGUUCGUGGCGCCUAUGCCGUCUCCUGGACAUACAUUCUCGGCGAUGUCGCCCACGAAGGCUACAAGGCGUACCUGCGAAACCGUCGCGUGCUGAUUCCGCCGGGCGAGGCGUACCGAGACGCGACCGACUUGGGAGCGCAACAGAUCAUUCGAGGCAUGGCGACAGGGAACAUUGGCGGCUCCUUGACUUCCAACCACUCGUCGAAGUCGGAGGGGGAUGGGGAGAGCGAUCCGCUCGUACCGUGGCCGACAACGCGCAUUCCGUUGAUAGAGGACUACCGGAUGGUCAUAGCGAAGCGGGCAGUUUUUCAGAGUAUCGCCAGUAUGGCCCUGCCCGCGUUCACAAUCCACUCCGUGGUGAAAUACUCGGGGCGCGCCUUGAAAGAGGCCAAAAGCUCCCUUGUUCGGACCUGGCUCCCGAUUGGGUUGGGUUUGGCUGUCGUGCCAUUGCUCCCGUAUGCCUUCGAUGAGCCGGUAGAGCAGGCUGUGGAAUGGUCGUUCCACACUCUGUGUCGCGGUAUCGGAGGCGAGGAAGCAGUGACACCGGCGCUACCGCCGUCGGAGACCCCUGCCAACAAGGAGAUGCCACUCAGCUCGCUGCUGAAGUUGCAAUCGCAGAAAAAGCGUCUCGAAGAACCUUCGGAGGAGAAACGUGAUACACCUCUAACAUGGGAGGAGUACAAGGAGGAGAAACGGCGAGCGCGGGAGCAGCGCAAGAAGGAGCGUGAAGCCAGUGGAAUAGGUGGCUGGUUUGGGUUUGGGAAGAAGGAGAAGGACGAGUAA